CGGGGUAGGGUAGGCCGCGGCGCCGCACCCGUGUGGGGGUGUCUGCCUACCUCCGGCAUGACAGGCGCACUGCAAUCAGCAAGGGGGUGAAAAAUGAAACUCUAAUUUAUUUAUUUAUUUUUGCUGUGGACUCUUAAUGCCCUCCACCACCACCGACACUGCCGCGCCUCCCCCGUGCUUCUGCUUCCUCUGACCUUGACGCACCGCGCGCGGUCGCGGUCCCUCUCUUCCAUGGACGGCCUGCCAGUCAGGUAUUUAGUUUGUCGUGUGUGCGUGGCGGGCACCGUUGUGGCGGUUGGCGGGGCGGCCUUGGUGCGGAGGGCAGUGCUCAUCCUGAGGCCCGUCGGCGUGCUCCGAGGCGAAGCUCAACGCCUCAACGAGUACGUGCAGCACUUCGAGGGGCUGUCCUACUCGACCCACGAUGUGCACCAGAACCACCUACGCGCCAAGCGCUCGGUGACGCGGGAGAACGCCGUGCAGCUGCAGUUCAAGUCGCACGGCAGACGCUUCCACCUGCGGCUCAAGCGAGACUUGGAGACCUUCCACGAUGAUGUGCAGGUGGUGGACGGCGCGGGAGAGAGACAAGACGUGGACCUGUCGCAUAUUUACACGGGUCACAUUCUAGGCGAGCCAGGGAGCCAUGUGUUUGGUUCCAUAACAAAUGGAGUUUUCCAUGGGAGAAUCAUUUCGCCACAUGAUGGAGAUUUCUAUGUGGAGAAGGCUCACUACUAUUUUCCAAAAGAGUCGAAUAACACCUUCCAUUCGGUUAUUUACCACUCCAAAGAUAUCACUGAUCCAUAUGCCGAAAGACGUACAGGCCACAGCAGUGGAUGUGGUGUAACAGACCACUGGAUGGAGCAAGUGCAGAAUUCAUUUGUCUCUGAAAAUGAAGAUGAUGUACCAAAACGUAAUCUCAAGAAGGUGACAAAUCAAUCAGACAAGAAGAAAGUUCUUCCAAAAAGAAAUAUAAGGGAACCACCACCAUCUCAAAAACCAACGGACACAUUCAGUAACUAUGAGUAUGAAUAUCCUUAUGACAAGUAUUCUAGAGAAAUGAAUGACCACAAUCGCAGAAAAAGAGCCACUCAAACAAAUGAUGAGAAAAAGAAUACCUGCUCUCUUUUCAUACAAACUGAUCCCCUAAUCUGGAGGCAUAUUAGAGAUCAGGUUGGUAACAACUCUGAAAAAAUAAGAGAAGAAAUUUUGUCUCUUAUUGCUCACCAUGUCACGGCAGUAAAUUACAUCUACCGAGACACAAAAUUUGAUGGCCGAAUGGAACAUCGUAACAUAAAAUUUGAAGUCCAAAGAAUAAAGAUUGAUAAUGACUCGCAAUGCGAUAGACCAUACGCUGGUGAAUCAAAUCCGUUCUGUAUGGAAAAUAUUGAUGUCAGCAAUUUUCUUAACCUGCAUUCUUUAGGCAAUCACGAAGUUUUUUGCCUUGCGUAUGUGUUCACCUACAGGGAUUUCACAGGUGGCACACUAGGCCUAGCAUGGGUAGCUUCUGCCUCAGGUGCUUCUGGAGGCAUCUGUGAAAAGCACAAAAUGUACACUGAAACUGUAGGUGGUACCUACCAAUCAACAAAACGUAGUUUAAAUACAGGAAUCAUUACAUUUGUGAACUACAACAGCCGUGUGCCUCCUAAAGUGUCUCAACUUACUUUAGCACAUGAAAUAGGUCAUAAUUUUGGCUCUCCACAUGAUUACCCACUGCAGUGCAGACCUGGUGGUUUAAGUGGCAAUUACAUCAUGUUUGCAUCAGCCACUAGUGGUGAUCGUCCUAACAAUAGUAGAUUUUCAAAUUGCAGUGUUGCUAAUAUAAGCCACGUAUUGGAUGCGAUUUUCGAAAACAAGAAGAAAAACUGCUUCAAAGAAUCGGAGGGAGCAUUUUGUGGAAACAAAAUUGUUGAGGAUGGAGAAGAAUGUGAUUGUGGGUUUGAUAAUGAGUGUACAGAUCCCUGCUGUUACCCUCGUAAUUUCAGUGAACAUGAUCACAACCUUAAUAAAUCAGCUGUUAUGUGUGCUAGGAGAGCGAAUACCCAGUGCAGCCCAAGUCAGGGUCCUUGCUGUUCGGCAGAUACUUGUUCCUUUAUACCCAGCAGCUUCAAUCAAGAAUGCAGAUCAGAAACCAAUUGUAGUUGGAGAUCGUUAUGUGAUGGAAGAAGUGCUGAAUGUCCAGAACCUUCUCAUAAACAAAAUAAAACUAGGUGUAAUGAAGGAACGCAGUUGUGUAUCAAUGGGGAAUGUUCAGGAUCUAUUUGUUUGGAAUGGAACAUGACAGAAUGUUUCCUAACAUCAACUUUGAUACCAAAUAUAGAUAAACGCCAGUUAUGUGUACUGGCAUGUCAAAAUGGGACAGAUCCAAAUUCUUGUAGAAGUACCAGCGAAUUUGCCCACAAAGUUGGGUUAAAACCGGGAGGUAUAAGCCUGAGACCAGGCUCACCCUGUGAUAAUUUUCAGGGCUAUUGUGAUGUGUUCUUUAAAUGCCGUGCUGUUGAUGCAGAAGGUCCUCUAGCACGGUUGAAAAAUAUGCUUUUCAACAAGCAAACACUUCAAACACUAGCACAGUGGGUCACUGAAUAUUGGUGGGCUGUCCUUCUCAUGGGCAUCUUUUUCAUCAUAUUCAUGGCCAUAUUUAUCAAGUGUUGUGCUGUGCACACACCAUCUUCUAAUCCAAAGAAACCACCGGCCAGACGUUUCUCUGAGACUCUUCGAAGGCCUAUGAACACCUUACGGAGAAUGCCUCGGCGCCCCCGGCAGGUUACAGCAGAGCAAACCAUGGUGAGCUUUAUGCAGGAGCAUACAAUAGCUCAGGAUCUGGACCUUCUUCGCGUAAUGCCAAUGCCAAUGCCUUCGAGAUGCGUCACCACAAAGUCUGAUAGGACAACCAAAUCUUGUUGCUCCAGCCAUAGCCACCACCGGCAAGCCGGCCAGGUGUAUGAUGCUUUGAACUCCGGCAAUCAUUUCCUUGUGGCGCCAGCCAUGGACCUAAGUGCAAACCAGUCACUGGAUGAUGUUUCUCCUAAGGAAUCUUCAUCCCUCCAUGCACUUUUGUGUGCUCCAGCUAAAUGCUGUCAGAAGUGAUCAUAUGAUAUUAUAGAAAAUUAUAUGGUAUUAAGGUUGGAGAUCUUCACUGCCUCAGUAUUAGUGUGAGUGCUUUCUUUGCCAAGCUUCUGUCUGCUAAAUUGUUCAUUUCCUAAGCAAGUAUGAUAUAUGAUAUCCAUAAAAGUUAGUGUUCAUCCCUCUUGUUAACGUAGCCACUCUUGUUUUUCUUCAGUUGAUGGCAAUUUUCUCAAGUUUUCUAGAAAAACAAUUUUUAGCUUUAUUAUACGCUAUCAUGAUAUAUUUUAAUCUCUCUGUGGCACCACACGACAUGAAAAAGUAUGUCCUGCCCCAAGAGAGUGAUUUUCGAGUACACAGUAUGUGCCUUUCCCACUGACAGUGAGUCAAUUUCUGUUUUAUUUGUGAGUCAAGACGUAACAUAAUUGAUAUUGGUACACAGUGGAAGUGGCAAAUGAUUGGCUGCUCUUUAGAAACUAAAGUAUGUUUUAGGGCAGAGGAAUUAAUUCUCAAUUUUACAGGUGUAGCAAAGUACAGAACUUAGAAUUAUAGAUUCUGAUACUGCUACAAAUUCUGCUAGCACUUCUAUAGAUUGAUUUUGAUAACUACUGGCAUUGAUUCCUGUCGUUAAUGUGCUGUCCUUGCUCUAUUUUUCUGUGAAGGCAGCACUUUUUUGUAAUACUGAUAGUGCCAAGGAAGCCUUGAUUGGGACCAUCAUCUAUGAUGCAAAUUGUUGCCCGGUAGCCCGAUAAAUGUAUAUGGAAUUCUUGUAAACUGUUUGCUCCUUCUUGGUAUUUUGUUUACACAAAGACAGUUACUGUGUCAAUCAUGCCAAUACAAAAUUUAAGUAAUAUGAAAGGUAUGAGGGAGCUGUAAAUUUUUGGUCUUUUGCAGUCCUAACUAAAAUUGUGACAUGGUACUACAGCCAUUGUUCAGAAGUCUGAAAAUUUCUAUCUAAAAUUUUGAAUCCAACUGCCAUUUAUUCUCAGGUGUCUCAAAAUAAUGAAGUGCUUUGCACUGCCAAUUUAUCUACUGCCAUUGUCCUUAGUGUGGUGUAAUUAAUCCCUUUUCUUAUCUGUAGAAAAUGUAACUUUGAGAUUUUCUAAGACUGAAAAACAACUGAUCAAAAGUGGCUUGCAAGAGGUUUGGCAUUGCUUUUGGUGUUAUGACGUAUUUGUUUCAAAAGGAAAUAUUAAUAGCUAAGAAUUGAGACAAUUCAGCAAGACAGGACAUUGCCCUUCAAUGUAUAUAAAAUGAGAAUGCAAUGGACAAUAUUUUGCAAUGGUUUUGAGAGACUGAAGAGUGUACAGAUAUGUUGAUCUUCCUAGCUCUCAUUAAAAAGAAGAUAUGCGUGCUCUGUGAUUUUGUAAUUAAAUGGUAAGUAGAGCUGGACUCAAAAUGGUACACAGCAUUUUAAUUAAAGGCAUUUUAAAAUGCAUGUAUGUGAAUGAACAGGUGUGUCAGUAUAGUGAGAGUGUGUGUAUGUGUGUUUCAUGCAAUUUAUUGCUGACGUGUGAUUUUUCUAUUACAAGAGAACAAAUUUCAACUUUAAUAUUUCUUAGGUCUGCUAUCGAUAUAACUAUUGGGGAGUAGGCUUUGAUCUCUUCAUGGAAGCCUUACUACUUCAACAAUGAAACUGUUCAUUAUUGAUUGUUUUGUGAAUGUUGUUUUUAUGUCAUUUUAUAUAAUCUUCUUUUGUAAUGCUUUGUAACCUUUCCCUCUAUUUUUGACUUAUAAUGAACUAGAUGCCUCUCUUUGAUCAUGGAAUAUGUUAGCUUGAUUUUUUUUUAAUUUUAUUUUUUUUAUUUGGCUUACUUGGCCUUAACAGAAAAAUCUAGGGCACAUAUCUGGUUGUUGUUGCCCCUACUAAUUACUGUCUUUUGUUCAGUUCCACUUUUAAAAAUUUAUGACUCGCAGUCAUGCAUUCCAACUUGGCUUGAUUUUAUGUGCGGGGCCCAUGAGGGAAAGGUUCCUUAUUAAGUUUCAAUUUUUAUUUUUCUUUUAAAAAUUCUUCCUUUCUGUUCGAGAGGCAUAGCUUUGAUGUGUCUCCAAUGUUGUUAGUGGUAUGCAUCACAAACUUGUUUAUAAUGUUUCAUGCUAUUUAUUGGUUAAUGUUUAUAGAAUGAAAAGAUCUGAGUUGGAAAGUUUGUGUGUAUAAAGAAGCAAUGAACAAACAAAUAAAGAAUAUAUUCUUAUAGUCACUCUAUACAGGUAAUUCUUAUCAUGUUGCCUCACUUUAAAUUUCUCUAAACCAAACCGUACGGUAAUGAAAUUUAUAUCAUACUGAUAGUCAUAUGCAGUAAAACAUUUGUUUGAUUUUAAGCUUUAAUUUCACAUUAUCUUAUGAUGAUGUUUCCAUUUUUAAUUCUAUGAUUCAAUCUACAUCAAGCUGCUUCCAUGUGAAUAGCUUAAUUGCAGGAUUUUUCUUUUAUGGUUUGUGGCUGUAAGACCUGGUUGUUACUGAUUCAUAAGUUAUAAAUUUUGUCAUGAUGGCCAUUUCCUUUCUUAGAUGCCAUGUUCUGGCAUCUUGCUUUUGCAUGUUAGUCAUAUUUCAGUGAAAUUGGCAUAAUGAUAUGUUUCUUUUCAUUCCGUGUGUUGGAAGACUGACCUGUUCUACAAAGUCAAGUAUCAGUAACUUUCUUUAUGUAUAUUUUUAUUUUAUUUCAAUUUCCUAGUACAGUGUUAACUGUUGUACAAAGAAUUCUUGUUUAUGUUUUUUCUUUCUUUUUUUUUAAUGUUAUGUAUGUAUGUAUCAAUAGCUUUCUUGGUUUCACAAGAUAAGAUAGACAAACCUGUGCAAAUCUAAUUUUUAUUUUGUGUGUGAUGGCUGGCUGACUCAAAAUAAAAGCAUUGUCUCUGCCAUGAAUGUUGAAAAAAUUUAUUAAAAUGUACUUAGAUAAAAUAA